CCAGGAAGCUCACCCCACUAAAAUUUCCCCAAAGCCCAAAUAAUGUCUACAUGCAGCGAUCUGCGACUCCCGUUUCUGUACCUCGAAACACAAAACAGUACAAAGCACAAAUCUCGAAGAUGCUGCCCUCGAUAAUUCGCUCGUCGCCGUCUCUGGGCGACUUCAAGACGCUUUCCGAGCAUCUUGAGCAGACGCCCGAGACGUUCUACGGAGGAAAGCCUGUUCUUUACUACCAUGCGACGGGCGCAAAGGCUUGGAUCCCGCGGUCGCAGCUGGGCCAUCUGCCCUUUUUCCCUGCAGAUUUCUCAUCCGCGCCCACUGCCCCAGAGAGCAGCACUCUAGAUGAGUCUUCCGAGGAAACCGUCGAGCAGAAAGUCGACAUCUUUGUCGAUUCCCGUAACCUCACCAUUUUCUGUUCCGCCGCCGAGUCUGGUCUCUCAGUCCCAUACCCCUUAGUCAGCAUCCACGCGAUCAAGACGCUCGGAUCGGGCGAGAACAAGUUCCCUUCGCUGUACCUCCAGCUGGAACUCUCGGACGGUGGCGCCACCGACGACGACUUCGAGACGAUCGACCUCACAAUUAUCCCCUCCACCAAUGCCACGAUGGCCCUGACUGUGAUCGGCAACACCGACCAGUCGCCCACGGAGGUCUCGCGACUGUUCAGCGCCAUCACCGACUGCUCCAACUUGAACCCCGACUCGGACGACGGCAGUAGCGAUGACGACGGCGACCGCAUCAUCUUCGAGGACGGACCCGAGGUUGUGGAGGGAUGUUCGGGCGUUUAUAUGGGCGCCGGCAACGGGGACCUACCUCCCCCCAUGCCCGGAAGCGGAGGCUGGAUCACAUCAGAGAACGUGAGCGAGUUUUUUGAUGAGGACGGCAAUUGGAUUGGAGGCGAGGGCGUCAGCGGAGAGCUGGGUGACGGCGCUGGCGUCAUCCACAGCCGCGACGACGAUGAGGAAAUGGCCAAUGGAGCCAACGGACACGACGAGGCCACCGAUACUAAGCGCCCUAGAACAGAUUUGUAACGAGUGGUCGGUUGCUUUUGUUGGGGAGUUGGAGUAGUCAUAGAUUUGGAACUUGAGGGGGUGGGCCGUUGGGAUCUUUUUUGCUCUCCUGUUUUAGGAUGGCUGUGA